CAGUCAAGGCCCCGAUGCAGGACCGGAAGGCGAAGUGGAUGACCAAGAUGAUCUGGAUGAAGGUGAAGAUCAAAGUCCAGAUGAAGAGCGCCAGGACAUGGACACUCAAGAUGCUGAAGAGUACGGCCGACAUCGCGGCUACUCUGGCUCAAGCACCCACACGCCGGGCUGGCAAGACACAGCGAGAUCGCGCAUGACUUCCGCUCCUCAAUCUCGCGCACCUUUGCGCACACACUCUUCGGACGAGUGGAGUGGCCGAUCAUCGCAUGAUGUUCAUGGUUCGCCCUCUCGUGUGGAGAGCGGAUCUGGUAGCCACUAUGCGACCUCUGUUGCUUCGUAUCAGCCCUCGACGAGCAACUACCUGAGCUCGCACAGCGCGUACUCUAGUGCUUAUGAUCCGCCAUCCAGCACGAUUCGCAGAGAAAGCAUCGCCAGCUUGCUUAACUUUCCCUCGACCCCCAUCGUGCCUGGCAGGUAGUGGCGCUUGGACGAUUCCUUUGCCCCGCCUUUUUUGGUAACUUGCU